CCUCAGAAAAACCUGUUUCUUUGUUCAACCUAGAAAUGCAUCUAAACGAGGGGAGUCAUCCGGGAUCAGCAAAAUCAGCAGCAAAAUCAAGGGUGUGUUCAAGAGCCAGACCAUGGAGGGCGCUGUACUGCCAGCCAGUGCCUCAGGCGACAUGGACGACGACGUGGUGGAGGAGGCGACCAUGGUGACGGAGGACGAUUCCCCUGUUGAGCUGGCCGCCACACCGGGCACCCAGAGGAACCUGUUGGCCUGGAGCAUCACCAUCCCUUUCAUUGACUUCUCUGACGAUGAGGCCAAGAGGGAGAAAAUCCCCGUCUUCUGCAUCGAUGUGGAACGCAAUGACAGGAAGGAAGCUGGUCAUGAAACUGAGAAGUGGUCAGUGGUCAGAAGAUACCUGGAGUUCUACGUGCUCGAAUCCAAACUCACGGAGUUCCACGGCACAUUUACAGAUGCACAGCUUCCAUCUAAAAGAAUCAUUGGACCAAAGAACUAUGAGUUUCUGGCAUCAAAAAUGGAAGAGUUUGAGGAAUAUUUACAGAGGCUCCUGCAGCAUCCAGAGCUCAGCAACAGUCAGCUGCUCGCAGACUUCCUGUCCCCUCACAUGGAGUCUCGGUUCCUGAACAGGACGCUCCCUGAUGUCAGUCUCGGGAAAAUUUUCAAGUCUGUCCCAGGGAAGCUGAUAAAAGAGAAAGGACAGAACUUGGAGCCUUUCAUCCAGUCUUUCUUCAACUCCUGCGAGUCACCCAGUCUUAAACCCAGCCGCCCCGAGCUGACCAUCCUCAGCCCCCUCGGCAGAGAACAACAAGAAGGUAACAGGAAAUAUAUUGUUUAACACAACUCUCACUAA